AUAAUACUUACCAAAAUGCUGUAUCUCGAGGAUUAUUUGGAAAUGAUUGAACAUCUUCCUCAAGAGUUGCGAGAUCGAUUCACCGAGAUGCGUGAAAUGGAUUUGUCUGUUCAAAAUAACAUGGAUACUCUAGAAAAGCGUGUUAGAACGCUGUUUGGCGGCUGUCGACGCGGUGAUAUUAGCCAGGAUCAAGCAAAUACUGAAUUUUCCGAUAUAAGAAAAUGCUAUGCCAAAACUCUGGAAGAGGCUGAGGAGAAGGUGGCCCUGGCCAAUCAGAUGUCUGAAUUGGUUGAUCGGUACUUGAGAAGAUUAGAUACAGAAUUGCACAAGUUCAAAUGCGAGCUUGAAGCAGAUAAUAAAGGAAUAACAGAGCAGCUUGAGAAACGAUCUCUAGAGCUUGAUAUCAAUACCAACCAUACUAGCACAUCCAACAAUAACCACUAUAAGGAAAGUAGCAGGUACCGCAUUCGUCCAGAUAAACGACGUGAUAGCUGGGGCACCAGAGAUUCUCGGGGACAUUCCACUGCCAGUAGCUUGUCUAGAACUGACUCUGCCAUACAGGCGGCAUUGGGACGGGACUCCUACUCCUUUUCACAUGCUGGAGGUUGUCUUGCAGCUGCUGCUAGCCAAGCGAUUGCUGCUACACAACAAAUGUCACACGGGCGGCGUACGAUGUCGAUGAAGGCGUCGAUCGAGGCACUGGCGGGCGGCGAGCUUUCCCACCAUUCGCUGCACCAGGCGCACGCUGCACACCACGACCACGGUCACGGUUUGUCUUCAGGCCACAACCAAUCCAGCAGCGUACACGGGCACCAUAACACUUCCCACGCACACGCCACAUCUUCUUCGUCUAACAAACGACAUAAUAAACAGAAAAAAACGAGCUACAGCUCUUCUUCUGGUGUGUCGUCUCACAGUCAGCAAGUCGUCGCAGCAGCAGCCAGUCGUUCCUCGUCGCCGACUGUCGUCAUGAACACCAGUAUAGUAAACAACGUGGGCAUAGAGGAGCCGCUGGAGGAGGAAUGGACUUACGACCCGAACGAGCCGCGUUACUGCAUUUGUAAUCAGGUCUCCUACGGAGACAUGGUCGCUUGUGAUAACCAGGAUUGUCCAUAUGAAUGGUUUCACUAUCCAUGUGUGGGCAUCACCGCUCCGCCGAAAGGAAAAUGGUAUUGUCCACAAUGUCAAAGCAACAUGCGUCGCAACCGUGCUCAUCGGAAGAAUUAAGACAAAUGUAUAUUCAUUGAUCUCAUAGGGCUAUUCAGAAUAUAUCUUUUUAGGCAUAGUGAUAAUGUGGCAAAUUGCCACAGAAUCGGCCCCAAUGCUAUUAAAUGUUCUUUAAUGUACGCUUUACUUUACUGAAAUAAAUGAUUCCAGCA